AUGGAAAAUCUACUCAGGCUGUCUGAUUCUGUGGCGAAUUUCUUCAAAGUUAUACUUUCCUCUACCAUUGAGAAUCAGAAACUGGAUAUCCCAAAAAAGUUUGCACUAGAAUAUGGGGAAGAACUGUCUAAUGGUGCUACAGUAAUUGUUCCAGCUGGUGAUGUUUGGCAAGUGGGUUUGGAAAGAGCUCACAAGAGGAUUUGGUUUGUGGACGGUUGGCCAGAAUUUGCUGAACAUUACUCCUUAACUGGUGGUCAGUUCCUAGUCUUUAGUUAUCAAGGAGAUUCGAUAUUCCAUGUUCGCAUUUUUGAUUUCAGCUGUUGUGAGAUCGAGUACCCUUCUGUUGGUCAAAUUAUCAAACAUGAAGAGUAUGUUGAACAUGAUGUUUGUGUGGAUCAACAUGUUACGAGGAAGAGGAAAAGCGUCGCUAUUGCCAAGAAAUUAAAGAAAGCCAAGUUGAUGGUACAGAGAAUGCCUCCCUCGCAUGAUGAUCCCAGAAGAAAGAAGGAAUAUAAGGAAAUAUUUGUUGGGAACAUGGCUGCUUACACUUUUCCUUACAUGAUAACUAGGAUUGCCAAAGAACGUCAGAAGCUGAUCCAUGCUAUCCAAAUGUUCAAGUUAGAAAAUCCCUUUUUCGCAGUUAUCUUGCAGCAAGGUCAUCUUAACAAGUCCUAUCUGUAUGUUCCAAGUGCUUAUGCAAUGAGAUAUAUGAGAGGGUGUCCAGAAUAUAUCAAGUUUGAGGAUUCUACUGCAAACCAGUGGGAUAUCCGAUGCCGCUUCACAACAGAUACAGCAGUGAGAAUAGGCAGGGGAUGUGCAGAAUUUUUCAGAGAGAAUAAUUUGAAGACUGGAGAUGUCCUUCUCUAUGAGCUGAUCAAUAAGAAGGAUGUUGUGCUAAAGUUUUCGGUACUGCGUGCUGCUGGAAAUGCAGUCAUGGUCCAUGGGAAAAAGAAGAAUUCAGAUAUUCAUGACAGAGGAACCUUGUACCUCUCCAAGAAGAUUAAUGCGAUGGUGAUAUCGAGAGAAACCAAGAAGGCGAUGAAGGCUGCGAAAGCUUUGAAGAUUGAAAAUCCUGCUUUCAUGGUUAUCUUGAGAGAUUACCUCAUGACUAACUCUGUAGUGUAUGUGCCUCACGAAUUUAUGAAGGAUCAUCUGCUUGGAUGUGGUAGCUCCAUCAACCUCAGGGCCUCCCGUGACGAGCAAUGGCCUGCGCGCUGCACUUAUGACCCUAGGCGCCAUACUAUGAAGAUACACAAAGGAUUUGGUACAUUUUGUAAGGAGAAUAAUUUGGAGGCAGGCGAUGUGUGUGUGUUUGAGCUGAUCAAGAAUGAGGCUGCUGACUUCAAAGUUUCAGUGUUCCAUGCCAGCGACUAUGCGAGUGUGUGA